GGGACCACAAACCAGUUAACAUAACUUCAAGGCUAAGAAAUGUCAGCGUGCGAGGGUUAUUGUGGACUCACAUUAUCCACAUUAACUUCCUCACAGGCAGAUGAAUCGCUCGAUACGCGAGAAAAUGCCGAUCUGACAUUGAAAUGUCGCUUCACCGAUCAUUACGAUGCGAACGAUUUCACAUUUUAUUGGGCGCGUUGGACAGCCAAUCCGGCGCAGUUCGAAAAUGUAGCCAUACAUGAUGUGCCACUGAAUUCGGGUUAUAAACCCGAUUACCGUCCGGAGCGUGGCAUUUACGAUUUGCAAAUUAAAAACGCCUCAUACAAUCGCGACAAUGGUCGCUUCGAAUGUCGCAUCAAGGCGAAAGGUACGGGCGCCGAUGUCCAUCAGGAGUUUUACAACUUAACCGUCCUCACACCACCGCAUCCGCCCGUUAUUUCACCCGGCAAUGUGGCCAUCGCUACCGAGGAUGUGAAAAUGGAGCUGACGUGCAGCAGCAUUGGCGGUUCGCCUGAUCCAACGAUAACUUGGUAUCGCGAGGGUACCAAUACCCCUCUACAUGCCAACGUUCGUACGGGCGGCUCAAAGGACCAACCCACAAAUGCAACAUUAGCACUGCAACCGCGACGCGAAGACGAUGGCGCCAAAUAUAAGUGUGUCGUGCGAAAUCGUGCCAUGAACGAUGGUCAACGGCUGGAGGCGACUGCUACUUUGAAUGUGAACUAUUUUCCCCGCGUUGAUGUUGGUCCGGAAAAUCCGCUUCGUGUGGAACGUGAUCGUACUGCGAAAUUGGAGUGUAAUGUCGAUGCGAAACCGAAAGUGCCUAAUGUACGUUGGACACGCGAUGGUCGCUUCAUUAGUUCCUCCCUCGUGCAUACCAUACACCGCGUAAGCACGCAGGAUGCUGGCAAAUAUACUUGCUCAGCAGAUAAUGGACUCGGCAAAUCAGGCGAAAGUGUACUCAUACUGGACAUCUUAUAUCCGCCGACGGUUGUUAUUGAGUCGAAGACGCGUGAGGCAGAGGAAGGCGAGACGGUUAAUAUCCGUUGCAAUGUGACCGCAAAUCCGGCGCCAAUUACCAUCGAAUGGCUGAAGGAAGGCUCACCCGAAUUCCGCUACUCCGGCGAAGUGCUUACGCUGUCGUCCGUGCGUGCCGAGCAUGCAGGCAAUUAUAUAUGUCGUGCUGUGAAUAUAAUGGAAUCAUAUGGACAAGAACGUAGCGAACGUGUUGGUAAUUCGACGGUGGCUUUGUUGGUGCGUCAUCGUCCCGGCCAGGCAUUCAUAACGCCGAACAAACCGAUUGUGCAUGUUGGUAAUGGUGUAACACUUACUUGCUCGGCUAAUCCGCCCGGUUGGCCCGUACCUCAGUAUCGUUGGUUCCGUGACAUGGAUGGUGAGUUUUCCGGCACACAGAAGAUUCUAGCGCAGGGACCACAGUAUUCAAUACCGAAGGCGCAUCUCGGCAAUGAGGGCAAAUACCAUUGUCAUGCCGCUAAUGAAUUGGGCAUUGGCAAGUCGGCCACCAUUGUGCUUGAAAUCCAUCAGCCACCUCAAUUCCUCGCCAAACUACAGCAGCACAUGACGAGACGUGUUGCCGACACAGAUUAUGCGGUCACUUGCAGCGCCAAAGGCAAACCAGCGCCCAGCAUACGUUGGCUCAAGGACGGCGCUGAAAUCUUGCCUGAACUCAAUUUGUACGAGGUGAAAACGAAUCCAGAUCAGGGCCCUAAUGGCAUGGUGACCGUGCAAAGCAUGCUGAAGUUCCGCGGCAAAGCGCGCCCGAAUGGCAAUCAGCUAGUGCCGGGUGAUCGCGGCUUGUACACGUGCCUUUACGAGAACGAAGUGAACUCGGCCAACUCGAGCAUGCAGUUGCGCAUCGAACACGAGCCCAUCGUGUUGCAUCAAUACAACAAGGUGGCCUUCGAUAUACGCGAGACUGCUGAGGUAGUGUGCAAAGUGCAGGCCUACCCCAAGCCCGAAUUCCAAUGGCAAUUUGGCAAUAAUCCCUCACCGCUCACUAUGUCCUCUGAUGGGCACUAUGAAAUCAGCACCACCACGGACAACAAUGACAUCUACACGUCGGUGCUGCGCAUCAACUCGCUUACACACGCCGACUAUGGCGAGUACACUUGCCGUGUGGUAAACUCAUUGGACACAAUACGUGCGCCAAUACGUCUGCAACAGAAAGGACCGCCUGAGAAACCGACAAAUACACGCGCCGUAGAUGUAGGCUCCAAUUACGUAACGCUCAGCUGGGAUCCCGGCUUUGAUGGUGGUCUGAGCAAUACGAAAUUUUUCGUCAGCUAUCGACGUGUGCCCAUGCCUCGCGAAGAGCAACUCAUACCCGAUUGUGCCACCAUUGCCACAAGCAACACCGAAUGGUUGGAAUUCGAUUGCCAACGCGAUAAUCCAUGCAGGGUUACUUCGCUCGACCAGCAUCAGAGCUAUGCUUUCAAGGUGAAUGCACUCAACACGAAAGCCAGUUCGCCUUACUCCAACGAGAUAAUGACCACAACAAAAGUGAGUAAAAUCCCACCGCCACUACAUGUCACCUACGAUCCGAAUACGCACACUUUGGGCAUUAAUGUAGGCGCCACCUGUCUAUCGUUAGUCGCCAUAGUCGAAUCAAUGGUCAACAUGGACACACCGAUGGCGCAAUGGGAAGUUGUCGACACUGUGAAUUUGCAGCUCUCCGGCAAUGGGCCGACAUUUAAGGAGACUGUGAUUGAUCGCCACAUACCGGCAUAUCGUAGCGGCGGUGGACGUUCGCUGGGCCACAAUCACAUUAGCGGUCAUGGCGAUGGUGAUGGCGAUGAUGAUGAUGAUGUCGACAUGAAUACGCUGGCCUUGGAGGACGAUAAUAGGCCGACAGUGCGUGUGAAACUAUGCCUACGGUCGAAUCAGGAACAUUGCGGCAAGCAUACAAAUGCGGAGAUUGGCCGCACCUACAUUGCUGAGGCAUCCGCCUUGGCUACACCCACCCUGAUCGCCAUAAUCGUCUCGUGUAUUGUAUUCGCAUUAUUUGUCGGUUUAUUGUUGAUGUUCUGUCGUUGCAAACGCAAUCAAUCGAAAAAGAGUGCUGCUGCCAAGGAUUACGAAAUGGACUCGGUGCGACCGUCGAUUGUUGCCGCCCAACAGAGUCAACCGCCACCGCCGUACUAUCCGGCAAGUGGACUCGAUAACAAAGCACUUGAACAUUCGAUGGAUCUCGCCUUGGGCAUGGAGGACCAGAAGAGUGCACUUUACGCAACACAAAAUGGCUAUAGCUAUCAUCCGGGUAGUGGUGUGGGUGUUGGCGUUGGUGGCGGUGGAGGUGUUGGCAUGCAAGGCCUAACAGGACACACGAUGCCGGGAAAUGAAUGGGUCAAUAUGGGCUACAUCGAAAACAAUUACUCGAAUUCGAACAAUGGCGGCAGUGUCAAUUCACAAGACUCACUAUGGCAAGUGAAAAUGCCCGCCGCCACAGGCGCACCACAAAGUAUGGUCGUGCCUGCCACACACAACAACUAUGUCGAACAUCAACCCACCUACGGCUAUGACCCACUGACGCAUGGCGGCUAUGGCGCUGUCGACGAUUACGCUCCCUAUCCACACUUGACAGCGACGCCCAGUCAACAUGGCGAUGAAUAUCAUAAUUUACGCAAUAGCCAAAAUCCAUCCAGACAGGAUUACUGCAGUGAUCCAUAUGCCUCGGUGCAAAAGCCCAAGAAACGUGUUGAUCAACAUUUAGAUUCACCAUAUCACGACGUAAGCGGCCUACCCAACCCCUAUAAUAUGGAGCAUAUGGAACAAGAUGAAGUGAUACCGCCACAGCAGCACAUGUCUCUCAGCUAUGAUGAUAGUUUCGAGGGUGAAUACUCGUCAACGCCAAAUUCACGGAAUCGACGGGUCAUACGCGAAAUUAUCGUCUAAUAAUUAACAGAAUAGCGAGUGGGAAAAGUGAACAAUACGGGAAGGAGCAGAUAGAGAGAGAGGGAGUGAGAAAGAGAGAGUAUUGUGAAAAUACUAUAUACUUACUAUAUAUACAUCCAUACAUGCAUAUGGUAUAUAUGCAUGUGGUAAAAGUGCAGCCCAACUAAAACGAAAAGAACAAAUGCAAACACUUUUCACGCAUAAAAGUAUAUAGAACGAAACACACAACCACACACUAAAGCCAGAAAUGUUAAGAGAGGAACAUUUGAAUGUUUUACAAAACACUUUUUAUUUUUAUUUUUAAGCAGCUAAGUAUAAUCUAUAAGUAAAAAGAAAAUGAAGAAGAAGAAAAAAAUAGAAGGAACCCAGAAGAAUAAUCAAAAUGAGCGCCGUAACUUAACCAUACGAGCACACAAGCACACAAGCAUCAUCAGCAACUGCACCACACACACACAUAUAUCCAUAGAAACGCACACAUACACACCCAUGCACGCAUUCGAACACAGAUUUUUAUUAUGCUUUUUAGCAACAAUUUUUAGAAAAAUGUCGUCACGCGAUUUUUCACCUACACUAAUGUUGCAUGCAAUCUACAUAUAAUCCUUAUAGCAGUGAAUUUGUAUAUUAUAAUGGAUCGAUUUUUUUUCUAAAUCUCUUUUGACUAAAAUGCAGAAAUUUGCCAAUCUAUCCGAGUACUGCAAAAUAUUAUUUGCCUCAUCGCGUUGAGAGGUGCCCUCGACAGGAAUAAUUUUUCGAAACAUUUUUUUUUUAAAUAAAUACACACUUUUUAUUUUAAGUUCGCAAAAUUAUGUACCUACAUUUAUCUACAAACGUGCAUUGGUAACUUUGCCACGAUAUUCUCUUGAUUGUUGUUAGUGUGCGCAUUGAUUUCAAAGUCAGAAUGAUAGUUUUACCAGGUUUGCUCUUUAACUAUGGUGAAAAAGUAAAUUGUGAGGGGAACUUUGGCUGCCAAGUCACUUAGAGAGCCGGCAGCCGAAUUCCUGUACGAUCGUCUCACGCGUAUUCUCACACUCGUCCAAUCAGUCGUUGUUCAGACGGCAACGAAGUGACAAUGUGUUAAUUUUUUCUCACUGUUAUCACUAACACAUUUUUAGUGUUUUCAUAAACAACCCGAUUCACAACCCCUGCUAUGUCAGACCAUCAACUGAUUUUUUUAAAUUCUCGGAGAGCCAAGUAACGGUAUGUUGUUGGCCCCACCUUCUCAAUUCUUUUGACUAUAACUUCACAGGGCCCUCUGCAGCCGAAUUCUGCACGAUCAUUUCGCAUAUAUUCACACACUCAUCCAAUCAGUCGUUGUUUAGAUGGCAACGAAGUAGAUGAGUGGAGACUGUGUUGUUUUUUUUGUAUAUCACUAACACAAUCUUAGUUUUUCGUAAGCUCACCGCUUCGUGACCCUAGUUACGUCAGCCUAUCAGCUGUUUUUGUGAAAUACGCUGAGAUCCAGUUAACGGUCUGAUAUUUAUCACACCUGUAAAAAUAUUUACACCAUGAUUUGAAAGCAUUUUCACGACGUUCUAACGUCUAACGCUAUUAAGUCUUUUGGGCACAUUUAAUGACAUCAAAUGACUUGCAGUGAAAAGCUGGGAGAAUCAGUUGUGGUGCUUUUUUUAUUUCUUUUUAUUUAAUAUUUUUUUCUACUUUUUUAAGUCUGCCAUUUAAAACAAAGUUGCGGUCCGGAAAGCUACAAUUUUUGGUACAUGAAAUAGAUUAGGUAUCUGUGCAAAAUUUCAUUUAUUUUUUUGAAUUUGAUUUCGCAAGGGGCACCUCAAAACGACCGAUCUAAGAAAGUAAUAUUUUGUGGUUUUUAUUAGCCCUCAUAAAUGCAAGUUUUCAGUGCUAUGCCAAUGGAAAAUUAAAUUUCCACACACUCGCUCCACUCUACUUUUUUUACAUAUACACACUUAUGUAUGUAUUUAUACAAUUGACAUUGCACUGCUGUUACACUGUUGUGUAUUUAUCUGCAAACAAAUAUUGCAUGCAACAUUCUGUAUUUGCCGCUUAGUCCCGAUUUACAUAAGGAAGCAUUUGGAAGAGAAAUAUUUUGUUCAUUGGACAAGGACGAACGGGGAAGAGAGAAGAGUUUCUGUUUCACUUACUAGCGAUAUGCUUUGUGCUUCUUAUCCGAAUUGUCAGACUUAAAGAAGUAAACGUCAAAGGCAACAAAUGUUGCCUAAAAUAAUUUUUCUCGUUUGGCCGCGAAUGAAAUGUCAAAAGAGAAUUUUUAGUGUCUCCCUUUCAUAUGUCUCUUUGUGUAAAUCGGGACUUACACUCGCUCACAUUCAUUUUACACGCAUUUGCAUUAUGCAGCAAAUCACGCACUCAUGCAUUCAUUCAAGCAUUCCUGCUGCACUCUCAUUAUUAUUGCGCUCAUACCUACGUACAUAUGUAUUUAGUUACUUAGACUGCUACACCCAACGAAAAAUCAACGAAAAGCAAAAACAACAACAAGAAACAUAUUCAACGUAUUUGAAAGUUGCCAUUUUUAUGACUCUUAGUUUGUAAAACAUAAAUAAGUAUAGUUUUUUUUUUUUUUAUUGGACGAAAAAAGUACUAAAAUCCACUACUAACAAAAAGUGUAUGAAAAGAAAAUAGUAGUAGCAAGCAAUUGUGCUCGCACAUUCGUGAUGAAUCGAUUGGCUUUGUUGUGGGCGGUUUUGGGGGGACGUCGCGGUGUUGUGGCGCGACAUGCUGACACAGUGGCAUCACCAACAUCCAUAUAUUCGACUGUAAACACAAGCAAAAAAUAUGAAAAAUAAAGAAAAAAAUGAAAGAAAAUUUAAGAAAAUAAUAAGUACUGAAGAAUGUAUUUAAGUGCAUGUGUACUUAAGCGUAAGGGCAGCAGCGGCGGCAACCCAGUUUGCUAGAUUUUUUAAGUAGCGAUAAUAAAAAAAACAAAAAACAAAACAAAUAACAAAUAAUAAAAAGUGUAGCGAAAAACAAAAGGAUUUACUUACCGAAAAUACACAGUUAAAUUUCCUAAUGGCACAUACACAUGUAUGUAUGUAAAUCUAUAAGUGGUAAGCAGAACAAAAACAAAAAAACAAAAAUAAAUAAAAAUUAGAAACAAAGUGAUUUGCCUACCUUCCACCUUUGGGAUGUCGUCAAAAAAGAAAUGCAACGCCACUUAAUUUAACAGCAGCGGCUUUGAAUGGAAAAUGGAAAAAGUGUUGAAAAAUAGUUGCACAAUUGGCAAAAAAUUGUAAGAGGUUUAAGAAGAGAAAAUUUUCCAAAAUUCCUAAAUUUUGCAUGCAAAAGCGCUAAACUUUGCUGUUGUAGAGUUUGUUGGCAUUAAUUGUUUCCUUUUAUUUUUUUUAUUUUUGCAUAAAUAAAUUUAUUCACGUAUUUUGUUUUGAAAAAGUGUUGGAAUGAGCUGCAGAAUGUUAGUAAUUUAUUUCUUAGUACCUUUUUUGUCAAGUUGAAAAAAAAAAUUGCUUAACUGAAUUAGUCGCAUACAUUUUGCCAUUACAAAUUUUUAGAGCAUUUGCUUUAGAAAAUAUAAUUUUUCAACGAUACAAAUUUUUUCGAAAUUCUCUUGAAAAUUUAUUUAAACAUGCGGCCAUAAAUUAAAAAUAUAACGGUUUUCAUGCACUUCGACCAAAUUCAGCAACAGUUAAUAUGUAGCGCAACAUGUGUCUGGCAACAUGUUUAUGGCGUAAAAUUAAGUGCAGCCCGCAAUAAAAUAUAGAAGCUCAACGCUUUGAACAGGUUUGACUAUUUUUUUUUGUGUUCAUUAUUGUUGAUUUCAUUAUUUAUAGCUCAAUUUUCAUUUUCAAAGCAAUUUUCUUUUUUUGGUAGCGAAACGUCUUCGCAAAGAGUGUAAUUAAAUCUUCUUCAUAGUUUUUUACGUCAUUAUAAAAAAAAUUGCCAAUUGGUUCAGGAGCGAUGCUAAAAAAAUUCGGCGUUUCUUCCCAUUUCACAAUCAAUGUUGUUAGCAACAUUUCACAGCAUGCCAAAUGCAUGCUGCUAGCAACAUUUUACGGCAAGCAGAAAGCAUGUUGCUAGCAACAUUUUACGUUUAGCUAAAUGCAUGUUGCUAACAACAUUUUAUAUUAAGCGAAAUGUAUGUUACUAGCAGCACUUCACCGCUGUUAAGUUCAUACUCCUCUUAACACAUUCUACAGAUAUAAUUCGGCAAGACUCAUCUUUCUGAUGCAUGUCGCACAACAAUUGCUUCAAGCUCGAAAAAAAUUCGAUAUUUGCUAAGUAAAAAUAACUUGAAACAUAUAUUCCGUGAAUAGUGCUUGCAUAAAUGAUGCGUAACAUCUGAGCAACAUCCAUACCGAACAGCGCUGUAAUUAACAGAAGUGGAGUUAAAUGCCCAUGUAGAGGAAACUAUUGAACUUUCUGCAGUUCAUGAAAUUGAGUUUAUUGCACAAGCAAGUUUUUAUUUAAAAUUUUUUAUACUACCCCUACAUUUUCCAACAACAAAUACGUGAAUAAAUUUUAUAUGCAAAAUUCAAAGAAAGGAAAUAAUAAAUAUUUAACUCAACGUUCACUUAUAAGCAAGAAAAAUUAAUGAAAGAAAAAUGA